AUGGGCUGGGUACAUAAUGCCUCGCCUGAGGUUGAGGCUGCGUCACAGUACCGCCUCAUCCUUGGAAUAUGUCUAACGCUCACCAUAUUAAUGGUGCUUACGGUUACGAUGCGACUUGUCCUUCGAGCGCGAGCCAGUCGAUGGGCAGCGGCGGAUUAUGUGAUGGUUGUUAGUAUGAUAUUUUGUGUUAUAUACAGUGCACUGUGUAUUGCUCGUGGGUACCGCCAGCCCUCCCCUCGCUGUAGGAAGCUUACAGUUGCAGAAAGUCGAUAUGGACUAGGACUUCCCUUGAAGCUACGACCUGAAGCGAAUUACUUGGAAUAUACAAAGAUCAACUACGCAGGACGGCCUAUUUACCAAGUUGGCAUUGCAGGGUUCAAGGCUUCGCUCUGCCUCAGCUAUCUGCGGCUAAUCUCUGGAACCUCGAAGUCUCGUUAUCGUGUUGCGAUUUGGGUUGUGAUCAUAGCAUCUACGUUGGGUCAUUUCGCUGGCGCUCUCAGUCUGAUGUUUAAUUGCACCCCGGUUCGCCGGUCAUGGAACGCUCACGUACCAGGCACUUGUCUUCCCGUGGGAGGGCUGUUCUACGGUCUCGCAAUUUUCACCAUUAUCACCGAUGUGACGAUUAUCGUGCUACCGAUCCCAUUGCUAUUGGCUCUCAAUAUAAAAACUGCUCAGAAGGCUGGUGUUGUAUGCCUUUUUCUCCUCGGCCUCUUCACCACGGUCUGCUCAAUCAUGCGAUUGACUCAGAUUCAACGUGUGGCAUUUGGAGACGGAAACUCGACAAUGCUUGUGCUAUGGGGAACGAUUGAGUUCAACGUGGGCAACAUUGUCACUUGCAUUCCAUACCUGGCCCCUCUACUGAAAGGCUUCGUGCGUGGACUCGGAUCGACCGGGGGAAAAUCGAAGAAAUAUUACUAUGGCAGCCAAGGCAGAAGCUACGGAAUGGAGAAUUGGUCGAAAGAUCAGCAUUCCCACCUGCAGUCAUCUGCAUCCGGGCCAUCACAGCCGAAACGAACGCCGAGCGAGGAGCUCAUUUUGGAUAGUCAGGAGCCCGCGCAUGGGUGUAUCGAGAUGACGAUAGAGUAUAGAGUUUCUUUGGAGGACAGGUCAACCAAGCAGGAGACUUGA